AUGCAAAUCCUUCUAACGCUGUCGCUAUGUGCUCUAACUAUGGCAUGUGUCCACAAAAACGAGAAAUACAAGGACGGGGACACGUGGGUAGUACGAUCAACAUUUGUGAUGAGAUGCAAAAUAAAUGCAGAUGGAUCGUGGUACACGAAAGUGAUCGGAUGUAAAACACUCCAUGGAGAUAUUGUUGAUAUUGGAAAAGUUUUAACACAAGGAGAUACUACAUACGAAUGUACGGUGAUGAGAGACGGUCGCGUCGAGAUCAAGAGGACAUAUAAGAAGAGUAAACAACAAACAAGUUGCGAAGGUCACAAUAUCGGAGAUUCAUGGGUUACACAGCAGAACUUCCGUAAAACCUGCACAGAGGAUGGUGCCCGCAUCACUGAAUGCCUAACGGACGCCGGAAUCCCCGUCGGGCUCAACCAACAUUUAGUGCUGUCGGGGAUUGUAUACACGUGCACCCAAUACCCAAACGGAACAGUGAUAAUAAACAGAGAAGGUCUUCCUACGCCAAGCAAUUUCAAGGAUAAUCUUCUACCAUCUGAAAUGGAAUUGAAUCGAAAAGAAGUUGCUCCAUCAACGCUCCGAUCAGAACACAGCAGCACUAAAGAACAGCCGCCUGUGAAAUGUGUCAGCGGCGGUAAGGUCUACAAUCCGGAGGACACGUGGAUUUCUGAGAACCAAUUUACCAAGAAAUGCACAUCUGAUGGAUCUGUGAUCAUCCUGAACUGUUUGAUAGAUGAUAAGGUGACGAUUAAUGUGGACACGGAGCUGAAAGUCGGACGAAAUAUGUUAUUAAUUUGGGCUGCUGUAAUCGGACUCGUGGCCGCAGGUGGUUACGAUACCCAACAGGGAGGUUACGAAGCUGCGGAACGCAAUCAGCCAGCACCGUAUCCACCAGUGUCUGCUGGAAAUGGUAAUCAGCAAGCCUACAAUUCUGAUGGUGGUAAAGCUGACGACAGUUUCCUUUCCAAUAUCAAGAAUAACAACAUCUUCCUUGGUACUGGCCCAAUUCUUAGCGCUCUUAGCCCACAAACGGUAGAACAAUCCGAUGCACCAAGAGGUUAUAAGCAAGGAGGCGGAAAAGGAUACGGAGGAAAGCCUUCUGGGGGACAUGGAAAACCUGGCGGCGGCUAUGGAGGACGACCUUCAUACCCAGGGCCUUCUCGUCCAUCGUAUCCGUCGCCUUCUCCUCCUUCGUAUCCAUCACCUUCUCCUCCUUCGUAUCCAUCACCUUCUCCACCCUCAUAUCCAGCUCCUUCUCCACCUUCAUACCCAGCUCCUUCUCCACCUUCAUAUCCAGCUCCUUCUCCACCUUCAUACCCAGCGCCUUCUCCACCUUCAUACCCAGCGCCUUCUCCACCUUCAUAUCCAGCUCCUUCUCCACCUUCAUACCCGGCUCCUUCUCCACCUUCAUAUCCGGCACCUUCUCCACCCUCAUAUCCGGCACCUUCGCCACCCUCAUACCCGGCUCCUUCUCCACCUUCAUACCCAGGGCCUUCUCCUCCCUCAUAUGAUAAACCAAGAACGUACCCUCAACCACCUCAACCAUAUGGUGGCAAGCAAGACGUCAACGGAUGCUACCAACAAGGCGAAAAAGCUCAUCCAGCACCCUAUGUUUCGGCCGGAGGCGGUGACGGUCUCGCUUACACGAACUCUCGCAGAUUCCGAGCAGCUCGCCGUAUCUAA